GCAGCCAGGCGGCCAUUUUGUGUGGCUGCGCGGCGGCGGGCGCUGGGCUCGGCGCGGAGCGGCGCCCGCGGCGCUUCGGCUCCGUUCUGACCCUUUUUCCCGUGCGGAUCCCCCGGACCAGUUCCCAGCAAAAGCCAAGUUAGAAGACUUGCAACAAAGGUCAUUCACAGUCUGUAAUUCUUUGCUGUUUGUGUGAUGAGGUUUAUUUUGACUUCUUGUGCUUCCUGUAGGAAAAGCCAUUUUUCAGGUGAGCUUCUUCCAAGAAGCAGAAGUCCAAGUCCAGUUACUGCUGCAGUUAUACAACAGUGUUUGGAAUGUUUGCAGUGAUAUAAGCAACGAGUUUCUUCUUGGGGAAUAAAAUCAGCAGUGUUGAUAUUACAAAAUGACAAAACAUCCUCCGAAUAGAAGAGGGAUCAACUUUGAGGUGGGAGCCCAGUUGGAAGCCCGUGACAGAUUAAAAAACUGGUACCCAGCUCACAUUGAAGACAUUGAUUAUGAAGAAGGAAAAGUCCUUAUCCAUUUCAAGCGCUGGAACCAUAGAUACGAUGAAUGGUUUUGUUGGGACAGUCCUUAUUUGCGUCCCUUAGAGAAAAUACAGUUAAGAAAAGAAGGGUUACACGAGGAGGAAGGUUGUGCAGGAUUUCAUAUAAAUGAUCAAGUGUUGGCAUGCUGGUCUGAUUGUCGCUUCUAUCCAGCCAAGGUUACUUCUGUUAACAAAGAUGGUACGUACACUGUGAAGUUUUACGAUGGAGUAGUUCAAACUGUCAAAAACAUUCAUGUUAAAGCUUUUUCCAAAGAUCAGAAUAUUGUGGGUAAUGCCAAGCCGAAGGAAAGAGGUAAUGAAAUUCCGUCAUCUCCUGAAAAGCGGGAGAAAUUUAAAGAGCAGAGGAAAGCAACAGGUAAUGCAAAGAAAGACAAGGAUGAAAAGACAUUAAAGACUGAGAAAAGAGUUAAGCAGCCUGAUAAAGAAGGAAAAUUGAUAGUCAUCUCAGAAAAAGGGAAGGUCUCAGAAAAGAAUCUAUCUAAGAAUGGAAAAGAAGAUAAAGAGAAUAUAUCAGAGAAUGAUAUGGAAUAUUCAGUAGAUACACAAAUUGAGAAGAAGCCUGAGAAUGACAUUGUAAAGAGUCCACAGGAAAGUACAAAAGAAACUAAACGAAAGCGUGGCAGACCACCCAUCACACCUCCAACGGAGCCAAGUUCUCAGACCCUGCAGCCCAUAACUUUGGAAUUACGACGUCGGAAAAUACCUAAAGGAGGUGAAGUUCCAUCAAAGCGUCCCAGGAUUGAAAAGAAUUUGUCUCAGGAAAAAUUGAAGAACUCUUCAGAUAACCCUGAAAGAGACCAGAUCAGGAGACGCUCUUCAAGACUUUCAUCCAGCAUUAGCCAUGAGGUUUUAAAUCCAGAUCAUGUUACAACUUCAACAGAAAUUCAGCCUUUGAAAGAUGCAGUAUCUAACCAAAAGGAAUCUGAGAAGGUCCAGUUAGAAAUUCAUAUUGAAUCUGACCAAAGUUUCAGUGAUCAAGGAUCUCCUGGAAACACAUCACAUAGCACAGCACUCAGUACGGAUGCCAGUUUACAGGAAGAAAAAGUUGAAGACACCGAGACUUCCUCUGUUACUGUCAGAACUCAAGAAUCUUCUGCUGCUACAGUAACAAAACCUUGUAGGAGAACAGAUUUUCUUUCAUCAAAAAAUGCUGCAACUGUUGAUCAAGAUCACAAGUUUAGAUGCAAGUUCUUGGACUGUUCAAAAUCCUUUCGCAAAGCCAAGUUAUUGCAUUAUCACAUGAAAUACUUUCAUGGAGUGGAGAAAGCUGCAGAGUCACAGCAGAACCCUGUAAAAAGGCAUAUUCAAACCAGAGCUUCUUUGACUUCUGAAAAAGCUAAUCAAGAAAGGUCAAAAAGAGGACGGACCACAGCUGGGUCAUUGUGUGCUCCUCUACACAUAGCCCUAAGGAGUACCCCAUAUAGAGGUGAAAAAAUAGAAAAGAGAAGAACUUCAACUUCUGUAAGUGCAUUAAAUAGUCACCGCCAUUCUGUUAGAGAACAAACCAGGAACCGCAUAGUGAGAUCACUGCGGAAGCCUCAAGAAAGAGUUGGAAAUGCUGUUAAAGAGCAUGAGAAGAACAAAGAAAGAAAAUCCAAAGACUAUGGAAGAUCCAAGUCAAAGAAAAAGAAAAAAAAGAAAAAGAGGACGAAGCCUGAAUACUCUGGCAGUGAAGAGAACACAGACAUUUCACAGGAGCUUUCUCCUGAAAAAUCAGUUGUCACAAAAUGCAUUUCUUCAAAUAAAUCAUCUGCUCACCCAAGCACACUGCUACACUGCUCUGAUUCUGGACUAUACAGAGGAAAAUCAAAAACAAAUGAGGAUGACACCCUGAGUGAGUCAUCCAUGGAGAGCUUGCUUUGGAGUGAUGAUGACUGCAGUCCGGAUGUUGAUGUAAUCAUGAACCCUGAUGAAGAAGGUGAAGAAAGUGAUUUGGAGAUUGUUCGGUGUGUUUGUGAAGUAAAAGAAGAAAAUGACUUCAUGAUUCAGUGUGAAGAGUGUCUAUGCUGGCAGCAUGGAGUCUGUAUGGGUUUACUGGAAGAUAAUGUACCUGAGAAAUAUACCUGCUAUAUUUGCCAAGAUCCUCCAGGUCAGAGGUCCAGCUUAAAGUACUGGUAUGAGAAGGAGUGGUUAAGUAACGGUCACAUGCGUGGCUUAGCAUUUUUGGAAGAAAAUUAUUCCCACCAGAAUGCCAAGAAGAUAGUAGCCACUCACCAGCUUCUUGGCGAUGUACAGAGAGUGAUAGAAGUACUGCAUGGACUGCAGCUGAAGAUGAGCAUAUUACAAAACAAAGAACAUCCUGACCUAAAGCUCUGGUGCCAUCCCUGGAAGCACAUUUCAGUGGAUGAAAAAAUCCACGCCAAGCACAUCAUUCACAUCGAGGAGAACUGUCCCAAGGAGGAGCCAGCGACAUACAGAGCUUGGAAUGGGACGGUGGAGAAACCCUCAGCCAUCCCUUCUGUGGAGGAGUCUUACAUUACAAGCGAACACUGUUACCAGAAGCCUCGGGCCUACUACCCUGCCAUGGAGCAGAGACUGGUUGUGGAGACAAGAGGUUCAGCCAUGGACGAUGGAGUGAAUAGAAUAAGGGAGAACGGGGACGAUGCGCUGUCGGAGAGAUUUGGCUGGAAUCUGGACCGAGAAAUAUGCAAGGUGGAAAAUGAAUCCAAACACAAUUACUCAAAGGUGAGAGAGUCUGUCUCUAAGAAGAUCUCUCCAGAGGACACUAUUGAAAUGAAAUUGCUGGAAAAAGACAAAGAAGGAGUUGUGAACUCACAGCUGCAGUGGCAACUUAAUCUUCUAGCUCACGUGGAAUCUCUGCAAGAUGAAGUCAUACACCGAAUGGAUUUCAUUGAGAAGGAGCUGGAUGUUUUGGAGAGCUGGCUGGAUUAUACAGGAGAGCUGGAACCCCCAGAACCACUGGCUCGCCUCCCCCAACUCAAACACUGUAUAAAGCAGCUGAUAACGGACCUGGGCAAGGUGCAGCAGAUCGCUCUCUGCUGCUCCACGUGAGGCUGGGGCUGCUGGAGGCUGGCUGAGCACCAGGCUGCAGCAUCUGAUGUCAACAGCUAUGUAUAUUGAAAUGAAAUUAGCAUGCUGGUUGCACGGGAUGCGGACUGACUUCAGGGAUGUGUGAGGAAAUGCUGUUCCCAGAGCAGCAAAGGUGGUUUUAUCUCAUGGUAACGUCGGGUUGACAGAGGAGCUUGUCCUCUUGUCUUCAGAGGUUGGGUGUUGGUUGGGAAGUUAUACCUAAAUUUCCACUCCUUCCCAGUUGCUCAUGGAAAUGGUAGACUUGUUAAUAAUUAAAGUGACUCAAAAUUGUGCCACUUCAGAACAGAGUUCUAAGAGCCAAAAAUGUGUAGUUGACAGAGGUUGUAAAUAACUUUGCAUAGUUUAAGUGACUUGUGUCAUGUUUUAUUCCUUCUGGUUCCUGCAUUAUAGCACAUGGUAUUUAAUCAUUAGGAAAUGUUAUAACAGUUUUCAGACUUAGUAAGUAUGAAUGUCCAGCUCUUAACUAUAAAGUGUUACAUGGAGGUUUGCAAGUGACAGUGGCCUAAACCCCACUUCUCCGAUGUUAAAUGACGUGGCAGAAGGUCACAGGUGGAUUGCACUUACUUCAGAACAAACGAUUGUUUUCCAUAUUUAUCCUGUCACUUGUCCCACGACUUGGUACCGGGGAUAACCCCUCAUCUUCCCUCUGAAUGCUGGACUCCCAGCCUGGGCCUCCUGCUGCAGUGCUGGGGGGACUGACCUCAACCCUGAGCUCAGCCCUCUGAGCUCUGCCCUCCCCAGAGCUCUGGCCACCCAGAGCUCUGCUCUCCCUGAGCGCAGCCCUGCCUGAGCUCUGCCCUCCUUGAGCUCUGCUAACUCUGAGCUCUGACCUGCCUCAGCACAGCCAUCCCUGAGCUUUGCCCUUCCCAACCUCACCCCUCUUGGAGCUCAGCCCUCCUCAGGCUCUGCCCUUCCCGAGCUCUGCUCUCCCCGAGCUCUGCUCUCCCCAGCUCUGCUCUUCCUAGCUCUGCUCUCCCUAGCUCUGCCCUCCCAGAGCUCUGCCCUCCCCAGCUCUGCCCUCCCCAGCUCUGCUCUGCCCUCCCAGAGCUCUGCCCUCCCCAGCUCUGCUCUCCCCAGCUCUGCUCUGCCCUCCCUGAGCUUUGCCACUGGGGCCUUUUCUGCCCAUCUGUUAAUAAUUGCCAUUCCGGUUAUGUUUUGAAACGUAGACUGGUCUUUUCAGUACUCUAAAUGUGUUCAUUGUACAGAUGGAACUCUCUGAAUGUGUGGUUUUGGGAAUCAGUUCACUUUAUAUUUGUAUAAAUAAAGCCUGGAGAUCUAUGCAUGAGGUGCUGUCCUCCA